GCGGGGCUGGGGAAGGCAGGGUCGUGGGCGCCCGCGGGUGCUCACCCCCUCUCCGGCCGCACCCACCCCGGGGCGGCACGGACUACAGCUCCCGGCAUGCUCGGCGCGCGGUACCUGCCCGCCUCCAGCCGCCUAGCCCGGAGGAUGCAGACUCUGGGAAGAGCGAUGAGGAUGGAGGCCGGCGAGGCAGCGCCGCCGGCGGGGACGGGCGGCUGGGGCAAGUGGGUGCGGCUCAACGUGGGGGGCACGGUGUUCCUGACCACCCGGCAGACGCUGUGCCGUGAGCAGAAGUCCUUCCUCAGCCGCCUGUGCCAGGGGGAAGAGCUGCAGUCCGACCGGGAUGAGACUGGGGCCUACCUCAUCGACCGGGACCCCACCUACUUCGGGCCCAUCCUCAACUUCCUCCGGCAUGGCAAGCUGGUGCUGGACAAGGACAUGGCUGAGGAGGGGGUCCUGGAGGAAGCGGAGUUUUACAACAUCGGCCCGCUGAUCCGCAUCAUCAAGGACCGGAUGGAGGAGAAGGAUUAUACCGUCACACAGGUCCCGCCCAAGCACGUGUACCGCGUGCUGCAGUGUCAGGAGGAGGAGCUCACGCAGAUGGUCUCCACCAUGUCCGACGGCUGGCGCUUCGAGCAGCUGGUGAACAUCGGCUCCUCCUACAACUAUGGCAGCGAGGACCAGGCAGAGUUCCUGUGUGUGGUGUCCAAGGAGCUCUACAGCUCCCCGCACGGGCUGAGCUCCGAGUCCAGCCGCAAAACCAAGAGCGCGGAGGAGCAGCUGGAGGAGGAGCAGCAGCAGGAGGAGGAGGUGGAGGUGGAGGUGGCACAGGUGCAGGUGGAGGCAGAUACACAGGAGAAAGCCCAGUCAUCUCAGGAUUCCGCUAACCUUUUCUCCCUCCCACCACCGCCUCCUCCUCCUCCGCUUCCCGCUGGAGGUCCUGCCUCAUCUUCAUCCACCUCUUCUUCCUCCUGGAUCUCAUCUACACCCUGCCUCUUCCCUCUCUGCCCCUGUCCGGGUUUCCUCUCUGCCUGCUCACACCUCCAUCCCAGGGCUGCCCUGGUCCCAGCCUCCUGCGCCCUCCACCCAGGCGCCCCGGCCCCGCAUCCCAGAGCAUCCCGCCUGCCGCCUCCUGCACCCCUGCUGGUACCUCUCGCCUCCCAGCCCGGGGAGGAGGGGCGCAGCUGUACCUCCUCAGUGUCCGCCGACCCUGCCGGGCACGUCUGAGGCUGGGCCGCCUUGCUCCAGCGCCUCACCUCUGUGCCUCCUCCUCACGUUUCCUCCUUGCAGGUUCCCGUCUGCACCCCCUCAGACCUGAGGCUGCGCUUGCAGUGAGGGCGUCUCCUGGGCCCCUCGCCCACCCCCAGAGCUGCCAUGCCUGGUUUGUAGCUUGGCGGAGCUGGAGGGAGGGGCGGAAGCCAGGAGGGCGCUCAUCUCUCCCUCCUUGAACUUGAGCCGAACUUCCGACUGAUUUUCUCUCCUCACCCAAGUUUCUCAGCCUGCCUUGGCCUUGGGUGUCAGGCUCUGAGACCUGUCUGCCAGCACCAGAGCCGUGCUGGGAAGGAGGGAAGGGAAACGGAAGCCAGGCGCCCUGACCUCAUCCCUGCACACCCAGGAGCUCUUGCACCACAGCCUCGUGGCACUGGGUUCCCUGUUUCUGCGAGGGUGGGAAGGACAGGUCACACUUGGAUUCCCUUGGCCUGGGAGGAGUCAGCCAGAGCAGUCAGCCAGAGGAGUCAGCUGGCUAAGGAUUGGGCUGUGGCCGAAAAAGCCCUGCCCGCAAGCCCCCACUUGAUCUUGUCUGCCUGCUGUGUGACCUUGGGCAAAUCACUGUCUCUCUCUGGGCCACAGUUGCCUCUAUAACGAGGACGGACAGCUGCUCUCUGUGACCUCUUGCCUGAGUCAGUGGUCACCAGCCUCUCUUGGCCUUGACCCCCCGGCCAGAGUCUUGGCAGAACAUGGCUUCCUAGGCAGCCACCACCCAGCCCAAGAUGGGGCAUGGGGCUCCCAGACGGGCGAGCUGGGUCCCCUCCCUGCUCCCCCUCCUCCUCAGCUCUGAAUCCACUUUUUCUGGGCCUCAGCCCCACUCCUUCCUCCCAGAAAGACCUCGUGACUCACCUGACUCUUUCUCUCUCUCUCUCUCCCCCACCCCGCCCUCCCUCCAUCUCAAUCUCCUCUCUGCCCUUCUCCUGGCCCUGCACUACCCCCUCCUCACUGGCCCCACCCUCUCAUACCCCUCCCGGUGUUCUAACCACCCCCCACCCCAUCCCCCUGCCCCCUCUUAUUUUCUAGCUGUUACAAGCCAGAGGCACCCGGAUGUGAGGCCCCAGAUCGCCUCCAGGGACUUGGGGUUCUGUUCUGAAAUCCUUUAUUUUUGUACCAUGGGGUGGGGCCCUGGCCCGAGGCGGAGGAAGAGCUCUCCUCCCUGUCACCUGUGUCUACACCUGCAGGGCUGUGAUUUACCCCUGCCUCCGGAGGCCAGGCAGGGGCCCUCUGGGACCUUGCAAGGCCUGAGGUGGGCCCUGGGACCCCUGGGCAGAGCCACCUGCCAGUGGCCAAAGUGUGGCGCUGUCCAGCUGUGUCUCCCAGGCCUCUACGUCCCCUCCCCCAGGUGCCCCAGCUGCAUGGCAGAUACGCUCCCCCCAGCCCAGUCACAUCAGCUCCCUGAGCCUUAGUCUCCCUGUCUGUCAAAUGGGUUCACGUCCUGCCCUGCCUACCUCACAGGGUUGUUGUGAGGUUACCCAGAGAAGCAAGGGCCCCAAAAGCCCUCGGGGUGGGGGGAGGCAGCGUGUAAAGCCCAGACUUGGACCUGCCUGGCCCCAGAUGGAGACUGAGGGAUGGGUGGGGGAUGAAGGGUGUGGGGGUUGGCCCUGUCGGAAGGAGGGGAUGUGUGACUCGGCCUUCACCAGGCUGCUCCCAUCCGCACCCCCAUCCCACCUCCGCCCCCGCCAUCUGGACUGCUGGGCGCAGAGUGCCCUGGCCAGGAGGGAGGCAGGCAUUGGUUCAGAAGGAGCAGCGGGGCCACUCAGGAACUGGUGACAAGGGAAAGGGGGAUACUCCUCCCUCUGUCCACGGCAGAGUCUGGGAGUGGCAGGGGCUGAGCAAGGGACCCCUCCUGUGUUUACGGCCUCCCAGGCUGGGUACUUGCUUCUCAGCUGUGUCUGAGAAAGCACAUGUAAUAAAACCCGAAGAAACAGC